AUGGCGCGAGCGUUUCCAGCAAUCCUGCGAGCCAUGGAAGAGCUGAAGGAGAUGGAGCACGAGUCUCAGAGUCGAUAUGAUCCCUUGGUCAAGGUCAAUCUGCACCGGGAGGGCACGAGGAAGAAGCACAGGUUCAUCUCAUGCAUCGAGAGGUCAAGAUCUCCCGUUGCCUCUACUAAGGUCAAGUACGAGCGUCAAGCGCGUGAGGAGGGAGGUGAAGAGAUCAGUGGAUGGCGGUCUGAAUGGUUGGGAGGAAAACUCAUUCCAGGAAUGGAGUGGAGGAGGCAGCGUAAACAAGGCGCUGCGAGGGAAGGCGAGAGCAGGAGAUUACCUGAGAUCACAACGUUGAGCCCUAGCAUGAAGAGUCACAAGCUCAUCAAGUUUGAUCCGAUCGUGACAUCUGGGAUCUCUGGUGCUAGUGCUGUGCCAUUAGCUGAUACUGACAAACUUGCCAGCGAGGAAGAAGUUGCACGACGGAUUCCAGCUCAGAUCCAGCAGUACGAGGAGUUGUUCAAGAAGAUAAGGCACAGCACCAAAAUCCUCGCACAGCUGGGAGUGAGCCCGCCGGACGUAUCGACAGACACGUUUCGUUCGAGUUCCAUCCAAGAAGCUGAGUCUCGAGCAGCAAAAUGGUGGAGGAAAUUGAAGGAGGAGGAACAGCAGCAGGAGGAGACUCAAAGAGACCUGCUCUUUGCCGAGACGAUUCGGAGGCGAGGAAAGCGAGCAGGGAAAUACUUCCAGCUGGAGCGAGCCUCUCACAGCAAGUCGACCUCCCCUGCUCCCUCCCUCGAUCGGACGUUGAGCCGCCUGUAA